AUGUCCAGUCUCCACUCUUUCACCUUCAUCAUCAUAAUUCUCCUCCCCUCACUGUCACCGCCAUUAACAAAUGCUCAAGAGACCAUCAAAUCGCCGCAGCAGCUGGAUCUCCUAAUAAGAGACUACACAUUCAGGUCCAGCUUCAUCAACAUGACCAGAACAGGGGAGAUCCACAACGUCAACCUCCCUGCAAAUCUCUCCGGCGCCGUCAGAGCUCAAGCGGCCAGGUUCCGGUGCGGCAGCCUCACACGGUACGGCGCCCGGAUCGACGGAUUCACCCUUGGAAUCGGCGUAAUGCUCUACCCAUGCGUGGAGAGAGUGAUGUUGAUCACACACAGAUUGAGCCUCAAUUGGUCAUCCAUAUACUCUGCAAACUACAACCUCUCUGGCUACCAGCUCGUGUCGCCGAUUCUCGGCCUAGCAGCUUACAAUGCCGGUGGGAAGAGGAGCAAUAGCCCCAAUUCCAGCUACCCUUUUGAGGUUGGAAUCCGUUCCGCCCAAGGAAACUCCAUCGCCGUCAAUUUCACGAACCCGAUUGAUGAUCCUAUUGUCAAUCCCCUGUGUGCGAUAUUUGAGGGAGAUGGGAAGACAGUGAGCUUGAAACCCCCAAUUUCAGAUCGAGUAUGCGGUUCGACAUCGAACGGGCAUUUUGGGCUGGUUGUGAAGCUUCCUCCGCCGGCGGGGAGUCCGCCGCCUGCGGCGGUGACGGCGGCGGGUGGAGGAGGGAGAGCGGCGGUGUGGAAAGUGGCGGUGGCGAGCAGCGUGGGGAGCGCAUUGGGGAUUGUGCUAUUGGGUUUGCUUGUGGUGGCGAUGUUUGCCAAGGUAAAGAAGAAAGCGAGGAUGGUGGAGAUGGAGAGAAGGGCUUACGAAGAGGAAGCGCUGCAGGUUUCCAUGGUCGGGCAUGUUAGAGCUCCGGUGGCUGCCGGUACUCGGACAGUUCCCACCAUUGAGCAUCACUUCGUACAUUACAAUCCUAAAUGA